GUUACUUUUGUUGUUCUUCUUCUUCUUCCUUCUGGAGAUUUUUGGUUUUGGUCGUCUUUCUUCUCAUACGGUCAUCAAUGGCGGAACCAAACAAUUGGAAUUCGGAAUCUGACGGUACAGAAUUGAAAAGGGGAAAUCAGAGGGAUCAGAAGCACCCAAUUUACAGAGGCGUACGGAAGAGGAGUUGGGGCAAAUGGGUAUCGGAGAUCCGUCAGCCGAGGAAGAAAUCACGGAUUUGGCUUGGGACUUUCACGACGGCGGAGAUGGCGGCGCGUGCCCAUGACGUGGCGGCACUCAGUAUCAAAGGCGAUUCGGCUAAGGCUAUUCUCAAUUUCCCUCAACUCGCUGGUUUGCUUCCUCGUCCGGUGUCGUUAAUGCCUAGGGAUAUUCAGGCGGCGGCUGCCAAGGCUGCAGCGAUGGUUGAUUUUGAUACUACGAGGACGGCGUCGUUUUCGUCGUCGAAUUAUGAAGGAGGGUCGGAUGAAUUGGGGGAGAUUGUGGAAUUGCCCAAUAUUGAAGAGGAUAUCAGAGCUGAGUCGUGGAGCGAGUUUGAGUUUAUUGACUCGGUUGAUUGGUGGGGAAAUCCGCCGUUUGUGGCGGCGGAAAUGGAUUUCUGUCCGUUGUUUGCUGAUCAGAGUACCACCACUUCGGCUACCUUCAAUGGCGGCGAUUGGGAGUGAAAAAAAAAAAAAAAAAAAAAAAAAAAAAAAAAAAAAAAA